AUGUCGACCCCGCCAAGCCAGGAUGACGUGAACAAAACAACGGAGAAGCUCCAGGACUUGUCCAUUGGCGCUUGGAUAUCCACACUCGUGAUUUCCGGAGCUACUGCUCUGGCGUUUUACCUCGCGUUUGAAUUUUUAAGGACGAGGUUUCCGAAAAUUUAUGCACCAAGAUGCUCUUUGGUCCCCCAAAAAAACAAGUCUCCGCCUUUGCAUGGUGCCUUCCAAUGGCUUUUCUUGCCCAAAACCAUGAACGACGACGAAGUUAUCAAACGAUGUGGUUCCGAUAGUUUUGGAGCGAUCUUCUUCAUGCGAUCGCUGUUCCGCCUGUUCCUCGGCAUCUCGAUUCUGGGUGUGGUUCUUUUGUUCCCUAUCUACGGCACGGGCAAUCAAAACAAAAGCGGACUGAACGCCAUCCAAAUUGCAAACAUUGGCCAGGACCAAAGCGCCAGACUGUGGGCAACUCUGAUCUUGUCCCUCCUCUUUGUCGCUGGAACCCUUUAUAUCAUUGUGACCAUGCUCCAAAAAGCUGCCUGGUUGCGACACGAAUUCUUGCUCAGCAAGAGACAGAGGAACUCCCUCUCUGGGUACACCUUGCUAGUCCGCGACAUUCCACACGAUCUGCGCGACACGGGCCUCCUUCGCGAAUUGUUCGAGAGGAUUGCGCCAGGCAAGGUUGUUCACGUGGUGCUGGUUAGAGAGAUCGGAAAUUUCGCCAAGGUUCACAAAGAGGAGAUCUCUUUCCGCGACAAAGUCGAGAAGAUCGCUACAACUUACAUGGCCAACGUUAACAAAUCUGUGACCGCCGAACAAAAGAAGCAGGGGUUGUCAGCGGAAUUUGACGCCCGAACAGGAGCUGCUGCCACCGGAUUGGACAGCGUUCCGGACGAUGUCCUCCAGAAGCACCGACCUAAGCGGAAGAAGUAUAUUCUCUUUGGUCCGGAGAUCGAUGUACUCGACGACACUACGCAUCAAAUGAAACGAUUCCUCUACGGGGAUGACGGAAAUCGCAUCGCACGCAAACGGAAGGCUGCUGGCGAAAAAGUUGACGGCGCUGCGUUUGUGGUGUUCUCGGAUUUGUACACACCCCAUGUGGUGGCGACCACCGUCCUUCACGGCAACCCCACCCUGAUGGCUGACAAACAGGCCGUUGUCGAAAUGGAAGAUGUUCUCUGGCACAACCUCGGACAACGCGCUGAAGUUAGGAUGGUCAAAGGGCUCAUCUCUAGCGCUGCCCUCUCAGCGCUGAUCAUCUUCUGGGCUGUCAUUUGUGCGUUUUUCGCGGGUAUUGCCCAACUGGAUAAUCUUGCAAACUUGGCACCAUUCCUGAAUUGGAUCGGGAAUAUUCCCUCUGCUGUCAAGGGUAUCCUCCAGGGUGUCCUGCCUACUGUGGCAAUCGCCGUAUUGUUUUCUCUGCUGCCAGUGAUUCUGCGAUUCUUCACCAACUUUUCUGGGGCCAUGACAACGACAGCUCAGGAGAAGAAUCUUCUCACUCAGUACUAUGGAUUCGUUUUCUUCAACAUUUUCUUGGUCAUGACCAUCUCCGGGUCCAUCGCGGCCACCGCUCAACAACUCAAGGACAACCCUUCGAAAGUCUUGGAAACGCUGGCUACAACUGUACCCAACGUCUCGACCUUCUACAUCAACUACGUUACCUUGUUGGCGCUCAGUGGUCCGGCGGGUGAAAUCUUGCAGAUUGCCAACCUCAUCGUGAAACCCUUGAUGCUCAAGUUCCUCGGCGGGACCCCUCGGGCCAUCUGGAGGCUUUCGCAGCCCAAGUUAUUUUUGAGUGGUGUACCUCUCGCCAACCACAGCUUCAUUGCUACCAUCGGCAUCAUUUACAUGACACUUGCUCCUAUGAUUGCUAUCAUUUGCACUGUUUACUUUGGACUGUGGUACAUCGUCUAUUCUUACCAGAUGCAAUAUGUAUACGCGACUCGCCUGCAAACUGGAGGCUUCUACUUGCACAUUGCUGCCAAGAAGCUCUUCAUUGGGCUUUACUUCCAUGAACUGGUCAUGAUCUUCAUUUUCAUAACGAAAACCGCUUGGGUGCAGACAGCCCUGGUCGCUCUGUCUAUUCUGGUCACCAUCGCCAUGCACACGGGCUACGCAACGCCGUACACUAACCUGAUGAACAACGUGCCCGCAAAGGCCGCCGUGGACAUUGGACGGGAGCGGGAAAUCAGCAUGGACGAGGAGAUUUACAACGAGUUCAUGAAGUUGGAGGCUGACGGUGGACGUACCGCUGCCAAGGCCGCCGGCGGUCACGGUGGCGACGCUGUUGGAGGAAAGAACAAGACAAUUGAACCGCGAGCUCCUGGCGACGCCAAUGAGGAGAGUGAUGAGGAAGAUAAUCACCACGUGGAUUCAGUGGAACCCGUCGCCCCCGCCCGUACGUCCAGCGUCACUCAAGCGUCGCCAGCGCGAAACACCGCGAUCCAGGUCGUUGUGGACUCUGAAUACGCGCGUCCCCACGAGCGCGCCGAAUCCAACACAACACACCACUCCGGUACAGCAGAUAGUAUCCGCCAACGGCCUCCUCGUUCCGGCCGCAUCCACCCAGGCGCCAGCGCGGAAGAAGUCACGUCCCCACGCCAGCAGCUUUCGCCCACCAGCAAACCACAGUCGCCCGUCAGCGCCGUGUCGUCCAACAUCAACGGCGAAGAGCUCGAGGGCGUGUUCCUGCACCCCGCCCUCCGCCGCUUGGCCGCGCUCAAUGUGUGGAUCCCGAAGGACGCCCGUAAUGUGUAUGCCACGCCGCUCGUGACCAACCUCGUUGAGACUAUUGGUGAGGCGAUCCAUCAGAACACGACCAUGGACAUCUAUGGGAAAGUCCACGUGCCCAUUGAGGUGUUAGCGCAAGAGCAUGAAGACCCCGAUGAAGACAACGACCCGUUCACGUCCCUAGACGAGACGCGGCCACAGUCGCCUGAGCUUAGCAACAACAACAACGGUGCUGCCCCCACCGAGCGCUCAAAGGAGAAGACCGGUGCCACGCCAAAUUUGUCGGAGCCUGAAGGCCCAACAGAAUCGGAUGAGGGAAAGUUCUAUACGCCCACCGGAAACGCCCAACCGUACGAGCAGCCGCCUUAUGACCAGCAGCCGCCCUAUGACCAGCAGCCGAAGCAGUGA